CAGCUAUGACGUAAACUGCAACAAAACAGUUGAUGCAACAAAAUGGCAGCUGCUGCACACGAUGAACUGAAGCUGCAGAGAUGCAGAAGUAUUUCUGAAUUAUUUCGAGAGUUCAAGUUGGCUAAUCUUAGAGUGCUUCUUCUGGGAAACAGUUGGACUGAAAGAGCUUUGGUGGGGAACCUCUUGGCCGACAAAUAUGUUUUUAAUGAAGAAGCAGAACCCCAGGGCCCUGUACAAUAUAGGGUCCAACUGAAGGAAAUGACAAUAACUAUCAUAAACACUGCAGACAUGCUCCAUCCAGACCAGACAGAUGACCAGCUAAGCAGGUUAGUCGCUGAGGCUGCACUGGCAUCUAACCCGGGGCCACAUGUGUUCUUCUUGAUUCUGGAGCCAGAGACUUUCACAGAACAGCAUCAUCGGUGGCUUCAGUUGGCCCUGAUUAAGUUCAAUAAGCAGUCUUUUCACCAUGCAUUUGUGCUGCUGUCAAGAAGUGGACAGGAAGUGUUGGAGAGCGCUCAUUUACAAAGCCUGAUUACAGAAUGCAGAUUCAGGUACCAGUGGAUCAAACACUCUGAGGACCAACAACUAAAUGCAUUUAGACGUAAAGAGUUGUUUACACGACUGGUGCAGAUAGUCAAAGAGAAUUCUGGAGAGCAUUUGAUAUAUGACAACUUUGAAGGCCCUACAGGUUCAGACAUAUGUAAUGUUGGCACCAAAGUAAAGGAGAGAUUCACUGGCCUCUACGAAACUAACUCCACGUCCCACACUUGCACUAGUGAUAAGAUCGAAGGCAAGAUCGGGCCCGUUGUCAGUGACAAAAACCCUAAAGCUAAAACUGGACAGGAAAGUAGUGACACUAGCAGUGAGGAUCGUGGACUUCCAUUGUCGAGUUCUGUUAGUUGGACGAAGUGA